CAUGAAAGCCCUUUUGAAAUAAAUUUACCAUUCCCAUAUCUCGCGCAGCCAAACACGCGAUUUUAAUUCCAAUUCCCAAUUCGCAAAUCCCAAUUGGUAUCUCUCGUCUUCCAGUUCCAGAAAACAAAUCUCUCUCUCUCGCUCUCUCUCUCUCUCUAGUGGUGAGUAGUAGAAUUCUGGAAAAUGGGAAGGGGGGAAGCUGAAGAAGCAUAAGCUGGAAAGCUCUGUUUUGUUCUUUAGCUGUGAAAUCCGGGGGUGUUGAUUUCCUCGAGGAAGGGAAAGAAAAUCUGGAUAGGGGUUUCCGAAAAUGGAAACAGUUGACGGUAAGCUAGAAACCCCAGUAGACGGAAAAACCCUAGAUGACUCGUCUUCUGCAACUGAACCGGUCAAGACCCGAGAGACCCCGCAAGGUCAAAAAGCCCUAAAAGCAGCUUCUGCAGCUACUGGUUUGGCUGGUCCGAGCCUUGCAGGAAUCCACGGUAAUGGUGUAAAUGUUUCGGUUGGUAAAGAGGGGUUUUUGGGUGGUACUGAGGCGACGGAUGAUUCUUGUGGUAAGUGGGAAAAUAAAAAGGAAGAUGGAUUAGGAUUAGGGUUAGGGUUAGGUGAUCCUUGUUCUUUGAAAAAGCAAGAAAAUGGGUUGGGCUAUUUAUUGGGAGCUAAGAAGGAAGAAAAUGGUAUUGAAAAGAAAACUGUGGGUCAUCGUUGUACGUUGAAAAAUGAAGUGAAAGAUGCUGGCAAUUUGGGGAAGAGAAGUGGGUGUGAAGAUGGUAGUGGUCGUGAAAAUGGUAAGGGAAGCUUGCUGGAAAAUGGGGAAGACCAAGGUGGAGAAGUUACGGAGAUGCCUAUUUCCCUGCCUGAGAUGAAUGACGAGAAGUAUUUGAAGGGUGAUGUGGAUGAUGAAAGUCAUCAUUUUUCUGUUGGUGACCUUGUAUGGGGCAAGAUUAGGAGUCAUCCAUGGUGGCCUGGACAGAUUUAUAAUCCUUCAGAUGCAUCAGAGCAUGCUGCGAAGUACAAGCAGAGGGAUCGCCUUCUUGUGGCGUAUUUUGGAGAUGGUUCCUUUGCAUGGUGCUACCCAUCUCAGUUGGAACCUUUUGAGGAGAAGUUUGAAUCAAUGUCACAGCAAAGCAACUCCAAGAGCUUUGUCGAUGCUGUACAGGAGGCUGUGGGUUUUAUUAGUAGACUUGUGGAGUUGAAAAUGACUUGCUUUUGUAUGCCCAAAGAACAUCUGUUAAGCCUUGAUAGAUCAUUAGCUGUUAAUGCUGGAAUCAGGAAAGGAGCUUCUGUGCCCCGGGAUGGAACUGGUAGACUUUCAGUUGCUCAGCAUGAACCUGCAGUACUGCUUGCGAAUCUGAGAAAUAUGGCACAAAGUGUCUCUGCAAGCAGUAUGCUUGAGCUUGCAGUGUUAAAAAGUUGGCUUUCAGCUUUUUAUUGUGCGAAAGGGGGCUACCAAUUGCCCGUGUAUCAUGAACCACAAUUAAUUGUUGACCCCGAGUACAACAAUAAGAAUGCUUCAAUGGACAUCUGUGGCUUUAUGGAAGUUCCAAUUCAAGGUCCAAGUGAAGAACAGUGGCUUUCUGUACCAGUAGGUCCGGGAUAUGGCCAAACCAGUCAAUCCCUGCUGCAAAAAUGUUUAGAGAUUUCAGAGGAUAAGCUGAAUCAAAGAAGGAAGCAGAAAAGCAUGGCUGAACUUAUGGGAGGGGACAUGGAUGUUGAACCUGAGAAUAAUGGGCUGGACACAGCAAAGGAAGGAACUCACUUGGGCAAAGUGGCAUCAGCAUCUGGAAAGAAAAAGAGAAAGGAGGGUGGCGAAGCUGGAAGCCCUAGCAUUAAUAAAUUGACCUCUCCAUUGGAAAUGAGGAAGAGGGCCAAAUUUUCAGGAUUUUCUACGACUGCUGAUGGAAAAAGUUCUAAAAGUAAGGGCAAAGAAGAAUCCAAGAAUGGCCUUGUGUUAAGUGGAAGGAAGAAGAAAAGUUCCAGUACUGAAGUUGACAGUGAUAUGGGCAUAGAGGGAACUGAAAAUUCUAAAAGUAAGGGCAACAAAGAAGUAAAAGAGGGCAUUGUCUUUAGUGCAAGGAAGAAGAAGAAAGGUUCCAGUGCCGCAGAUGAUGGUGAUAAGGACAUGGAAGGAACUGAAAGAGGCAAUGAGACAGCGCAAAGGCGAAGGAACAAAGUUUCCAGCCUUGAAAAUGAUGGUAGUGAGGCCAAAGAAGAAAUCAAAAAGGGCUCUCUGUCGAGGGAAAGGAAAAGAAGCAAGUAUUUAUCCCCUCCAUACACAACCAAUCUAAUUCAGAGGCAAAUGCAGUCGAACACCAAGAGAGACUCAGGAACAAAAUUCCUAAAAGUUUCUAAUGUUGCUCAUAUAGGAGAGCAAAUGAAAAGGGCUGCUGGCCAGCUUAUUGGGUCCCCCCCAAUUUUAAAGUGCAGCGGGGAGACAUUUCAGAGGAAGCUCUCCAAAGAACUUGGUGUUGAUUGUGACACAAGGGAUGGUGCAAGUCCUGAAGCACUGAAGGAGGAAAACAUGAUCAUUGACUUGAAGGAAAGUAGGGCAUCCCCAAAUGAAGUACUAUAUGAACUCCGGUCUGUAGCUGGCAAUUUUCAAUAUUCAAAAGGAAACAAAUCUCUUGAUAUGAUCAGGAAAUUCUUCUCCGUGUUCAGAAGCUCAAUCUAUCGGGAAGGAUCUAACUAUGAAGCGUACAACAAAAGUCGACCUGGUAGAAAGAGGAAGUCUUUAGACUCAGAGCCUGGGUCGAUACUAAAAAGCCUGAAGCAGAUUCACGACAAUUCGUCUAGGCCAAAAACCCGGCAAUCUAGGAUUAAAAAUAAUGAAGAAAGGUCGGUAGGAAAAGACAUGAAUGAAUCUCAUGAUCCUUCACAAGAAGGAAAAGUAAGGCGGCCCAGGGUUAAAAAGAACAAAGCAGCAAAGCUGGAUGUUUCUAAAGUCAAGCAAGCUCCCUUGGCUUCAGCUGGGAAGAUGAAUGAUAAUAAAACUGAUGGAAAAGCUUCAUCUGCAGUCCUUUUUGUGUCAUUUCCCCCAACAGUGUCUUUGCCGUCAAAGGAUGAUCUUAUCACAAUAUAUAGCAAAUUCGGGGCUCUCAACGAGAUGGAAACAGACAUACUCUAUAAUUCUUUCUGUGGUCGAGUUGUCUUUGUAAGGACAGUGGAUGCGGAAGAAGCCUUCAACAAUUCAGUGAAGAGCAGUCCCUUUGGAACCACAAAAGUCAAUUUUCGGCUCCGGUAUCCCUCAGUUUCUUCUGGGACUAAUGAAGAUGGUGAAAAUCUGCAUAUAAUUGCUUCAUGUCUGCCCGAUGAAACCCCUCCAGAUCCAUCUGCUACCCAGUCUGCUAAUGAAGCCUCAGAACUUGAUUUCAUUAAGCAGAAACUUGAGAUGAUGACAUUGAUGCUGGAAAAGUCUGACGGUCAAAUAUCGCAGGAGAUGAAGUCUAGUUUAGAAGGUGAGAUGAAAGGUCUCUUGAAGAAGGUAAGCACAAUGGUCAAAUCUUCAUCAUCUUAGAUGAAGACAGUAUAAGAGUUUUAGGGUGACGAGGAACAUUUUGUUUUGAUGAUACUCUUUGAUCCUUGUUGGGGUGGGAGGGGUAUAUCUUCCUUCCUCUUUUUGUGUUUGCAUGUGUAUGAAUGUAGGGAGAGCUGUACUUCCAUGUUUUAGCAUCAGUACUCUAUUUAUCAGUCUAUUUGGUACACAGUUUGGUCCUCAUGUAGCAGCUGUAAUUUGCAUAUGCAUUUUCAAUAUAGAGUUUGUCAACA